UCACGUCUUUACUGAAAUAGCUAAACCAACCACGUUGAACGCCACAUUCGUUAAGACAACAACACCAGGCACGACGAGUGAACUAAAAAAAGUCCGAAUCUUUUGGAUUAACAAACAAUGGCUAAAACCAGAGGAUCUUGUUUUGUCAACGCUCUCUUUGCUACCGCUCUUUUAGCCAUUACCAAUCUGCACAGCUGUGAAGCUGUCUUGUCUCAGAAAGAACAGGACAAGGUCUCUAAGUUGCCUGGUCAGAACUUCAACGUUGACUUUGCUCACUACUCUGGUUACGUUACUACUAAUGAAAAACUAGGAAGAGCACUCUUCUACUGGUUCUUUGAAGCCACCGAUGAUGCUGCCUCCAAGCCCCUUGUUCUCUGGCUCAACGGAGGACCAGGAUGUUCAUCUGUUGCAUUUGGUGAAGCAGAAGAGAUAGGACCUUUUCACAUUAAGUCAGAUGGGAAGACUCUUUACCUUAAUCAAUAUUCUUGGAACCAAGCUGCGAAUAUUUUGUUCCUUGAUGCACCUGUUGGAGUUGGCUAUUCAUACUCAAACACUUCAUCCGAUUUGCGUACCAAUGGUGAUAAAAGAACUGCUCAAGACUCACUGAAGUUUCUGCUGAAAUGGGUUGAGCGUUAUCCCGAGUAUAAAGGAAGAGAGUUUUACAUAGUUGGAGAGAGUUAUGCAGGACAUUACAUUCCUCAGCUGAGUCAAGCCAUUGUAAGACAUAACAAAGCUUCUGGCGACAACACUAUUAAUCUCAAGGGUUACAUGGUAGGAAAUGGUCUGAUGGAUGAUUUCCAUGACAGGCUUGGUCUUUUCCAGUAUAUUUGGUCGUUGGGUUUUAUCUCCGACCAAACAUACAGCUUACUGAAACUUCAGUGUGGUUUUGAAUCGUUUAUUCACUCCUCCAAAGCGUGUGAUAAGAUUCUUGAGAUAGCUGACAAGGAAAUAGGUAACAUAGACCAAUACAGUGUCUUCACCCCGGCCUGUGUUGCAAAUGUUUCCCAGUCAAAAAUGUUGCUAAAGAAAAGACCAAUGACUAGCCGUGUGAGUGAACAAUAUGAUCCUUGCACGGAGAAACAUUCUAAAGUGUAUUUCAAUCUCCCAGAGGUUCAAAAAGCUCUCCAUGUCCCACCAGGACUUGCACCAUCCAAAUGGGAUACCUGCAGUGAUGUAGUGAAUGAACACUGGAGAGAUUCUCCUUCCUCGGUUUUAAACAUUUACCAUGAGCUUAUAGCUGCAGGGCUACGCAUUUGGGUUUUCAGUGGAGACGCAGAUGCUGUUGUACCAGUUACAUCAACCCGGUACAGCAUAGAUGCACUAAAACUUCGUCCAUUAAGUACUUAUGGUCCUUGGUAUAUAGACGGACAGGUGGGAGGGUGGACUCAGCAGUAUGCAGGUCUAAACUUUGUGACGGUAAGAGGAGCAGGCCAUGAAGUUCCUUUGCAUAGACCAAAGGAGGCUCUUGCGCUCUUUAAUGCUUUUAUAUCUGGAACCCCAUUGUCCACACCCGUGAGCAGCAUCAGCAAAGAUAUUUCUGCACUCAGGACAAGACAAAAGAAGCAGCAAGUCAUGGUGUUGGUGUCUAAUUCUAGCCACCAAAACAAGGAAAUACAUAUCAGAAGGAGAAUCUCUGAGAUAUACAAUAAAAGGGAAGAGGAUUUUCCAUCACUUAAGGACUACAAUGACUACUUGGAAGAAGUGGAGUGCAUGGUAUUCGAUCUGGUAGAUGGAAUCAAUGUUGAGGCGAUUGAAGAGAAAAUAAAGAAGUACUCUCAAGAGAAUGCUGAACAGAUCAUGAUCAACCGUGCCCGCAAGGCUGAAGAUUUAACUGCAGCAUUGGCGGCUUGCAAGGCCCAACAACCACAAACUGAUGCUGACACGUCUACAAACAAUGGGAGUACGUCUGGAACUGCAUACAGUCAGGCUCCAAAACCAACGGGAAUGGGCCCACAACCUGUACCUAUAGGAGGAGGAGGAGGAGCAGAUCAUCAACGUUACUCUAUGGAAGACGAAGCUAUGAUGAGGCUCAAAGCGGAGAGAGCUACACGGGCUGGAGGAUUUUCUUUAGAGAUAAGCAAGAAGAGGGCUCUGGAAGAAGCAUUUGCAAGCAUUUGGGUUUGA